AAUUGAAACACUUCCGCCCUAGCUUGGAGUUAUAAAAGCAGAACCGAAUAGUUCCAUUGUCAUUUCGUUGAAACGACGAAGUGACUUUGCAAAGUUUAUUGGCUAUUUGAAAAUCCUUGUGCUCGUUUACAAGAGUGUCGAAGUUCUCAGGAGCGAAGGUUUAUUAUCCACUGUACAUAAAUAUUUUUUGUACACAGGAUCCUAAUCACCGUAUCCUUUAUUGGAUUGCGAGGUUAUGGUCGAGAUGGAUGGUAUAAAACGAGAUGGAACGACGGUGUUGAUGAGAAUUACAAAAAUACUAGUUUACCAGAAAGUAAGAAACAUGGAAAAAAUGAUGCACAGAAGAUGAUGAAUCAAUUGGAGAAGAUGGGGGAGAAGUUGGAUUUUGAGCAGGAGUCGGAUAAACUGAUGUUAGAGGAAAUUAAGAAGUUGAAUGUGGAGAUUAAGAGUUUGAAUCUGGCAUGGUGUUUUUGUCUAUCGAGAACAAACAAGGUGUCAACAAGGAUGGAUGAAUUGGAGAAGAUGGAGAGGAUGUUGCAUCACGAUAAAACAGUGAUAGAGAAGAUUAAGAAUUUGAUGAUGGAAGUAAUGAAGAACCUGGUGAAGACGCUGGAUUGUGAGCCAUUCGUUUCAUUGUUUAAUCAGGGAGUGCAUAAGGGGUUGAGCGUAAUGGAUGAUUUGGAGAAGAUUGGAAAGAUGUUGGAUUUGGAGCAGGAGUCGGACAAAUUGAUGGUGGCUAAGAUUAAAAGCUUGAAGGUGGAGGUAAUGAAGAUCGUGGUAAGAAAGCUGGCGAAGGAUCUGGAUUGUGAGCGUUUCGUUUCAUUGAAAAGUAACAACGUAUGGAAUGUAAUGAAUAAAUUGGAAAAGAUUAAGAACACGUUGGAUUUCCAGCAGAAGUCAGACAAACUAAUGAUGGUGAAGAUUGAGAAUAUGAAAAUAGUUGUAGUCAAGAAACUGGUGAAGAAUCUGGCGAGGGAGCUGGAUUGUGAGGGUUUUUCAUGGGGAGUGCACGAGGGUUUGAGUGUAAUGGAUGAUUUGGAGAAGUUUGAGUAUAUGUUGGAAUUUGAGCAGGAGUUGGAUAAAAUGAUGAUAGAGGAGAUAAAGAAGUUGAAGACGAAAAUAAUGGAGAACCUGCUGAGGGAGCUGGCUGAGGAGCUCGUUUGUUGGGGUUCGUCAUCGGGAACAAUCCUGGCAAUGGACGCAAUGGAUAAUUUGAAGAAGAUGGAGAACAUGUUGGAUUUGGAGCAUAAGCCAGAUAAACUGAUGCAUGAGGAGAUUAAGAAGUUGAAGAUGAAGGUAAUGAAGAUCGCGGUGAGGGAGUUGCCGGGAGAGCUGGAUGAUGAGCGUUACAUAUGGGGAAAAAACAAGACAGAGCAGGUAAUGAAUGAAUUGAAGAUGAUGGGGAAGACGUGUGAUUUCAAGCAGGAGUCGGACAAACUGACGGUGGAGGAGAUUAAGAAGUUAAAGAUGGAGGUAAUGAAGAACCUGGUGAAGAACCUGGUGACGGAGCUGGAUUGUGAGGAUAUCUUGUCAUGGAUGUCAACGGAAAGAUGCAAAACAUAUGACGUCAUGAAUGAAUUGAAGAUGAUGGGGAAGACGUUGGAUUUGGAGCAGGAGUCGGAAAAACUGAUGAUGGUUAAGAUCAGAAAGUUGAAGAUGGAAGUAAUGGAGAGUUUGGUUAAGAACCUGGCGAGGGAGCUGGAUUGUAGGGGUUUUAUAUCAUGGAGACCAAACGAGGAAAUAAGGUAUGAGCUGAAGAAGAUGGAGACGAUGUUGGAUUUGGAUUUGGAGUCGGAUGAACUGAUGAAGGAGCUGAUUAAGAAGGUGAUUGUGAAGAUGCCAAACCAGGAUUAUGAGAAUUGCAUCUUUCAUUUUUCUUCUUAUCUCUCAAUGACGUUUCACCUGAUAUCGUUGGAAAACAAGAUUUUAAUGAAAAAGAAAAAAUCGAGGUGUGAAAAAAGAAAGGCUUUAUUAACAAAGAAGAGCGUGUAUUCCAUGAAAGGUUGUAGUUAUUCGGAGAAAUUUUCAUCCAAGAAGAGAACUUAUUCCAAAUUGAAUUGUGGCUAUUCUGACAUGUUUUUAUCAAAAGAUGACAAUGCGAACUCUGAGCGAGAUUGUAGUUUAUUGAUACAAGUCACAGACGCCACACGACUACAACUUGCUCUCGCCUGUAAAACAAGAAGCGAAGUCGUUUUCAAGGCAAAAAGGCGAAUUUGGAGGAAGGAACCUCCACAAAUAUGGCGGGAAUUUCCCCCCAGGAUGAUAACAAUCUAUCUAAUUUCGAAGGUUUUUUUCCAGAUGAUUUUCUGGAUAACAUAUGGAAUUUUGAUGAUGCGGGAUUAUUUGGCCAAAGCCACGUUCCAUUUUACGACGUUUUAGAGGAUCUUUCCUUGCCUUCUGAGAUCUUCCAGUCUGAUAAUAGGGAUUCCUCAGAUACAUACAACGUUGUUGCACACGAAAUUGCCGAGGAAAUUCAAGAGG